AUGGCAAAGAUACUUCUCCUUCUGCUUGUUGCUUCAGCAUACAAUGCUGGUACGAUAUUCGCUGACAAUCCCUGCCUUAAAGGACCUCCCGUAUCGAAGAAUGCAGCCGAAUGUUGCGUGACGCCAUCCCUCGUGGAACCGAGCGCUUUUAUGGCCUGCCAUUCGAAAUGGAUUAGCCAAACCAAACGGCAAAUGACAAUCGAAGGCAUUCCAAGAGGCUGCUGCGUGGCGGAGUGCGUCAUGAAUUCAACCAAGCUCUACUCGGACGGUAAGAUCGAUCGCGAUGCUUUGACGAAGCUGUACCUUGAUUCGGCCAAACCGAUGGCACCGGAAUGGAAACAGAUUACGCUGACUGCAAUCGAUGAGUGCUUUCGGAUGGCUGAUUCGAUAAAGGAUGAAAUCGAAGCGGGUGCAAAACUCACGCCCGCUUUCGAGGGUGAACAGAUCUGCCAUCCGAUUUCAGGCACGAUACUCGCCUGCAUGGGCAUGACUCUGUUCGCGGAAUGUCCUGCCAAGCUGUUCACCGUCAACGACGAUUGUAACAAGCUCAAGUCAUACCACAGCAAGUGUCCAUUUUUAUAGCUUCUGCA